AUAUCCCAAAAAAAAUACUUCGUACGGAGUACCAAAUUGGCUUAGCUCAUUCAUUCAGUGACUGUAUUUGCGGUGUAUAUUUUCCUCUGAAUCGGAACCCUAUUCUCUUUCAGUCAAAGUCUCUCAUCUCAAUCGUAGCUCACCAGGAGAUUCUGGUUCCUGCAAAUCCACACUUGUGGGUGUGGAUUCAAAUUCAUGUCAAACCUUUGAUCGGAGCAGGGUAAUCUUCAUCUUAUCUUCGUCCGUGUACUUCUGAAUUACUUUCUACAGUUACUGCAUUUCAGCACUGACCUAUUCCCUGCUCCCAAUUCUCCAUUCUUUCACAUCCAGCAGGGAGGCUGUUCAAUGGAUAGCAGUUCUGGGGAAGACACGGAUAUAAGUGAUUCUGAGGUACAGGAAUACGAAGAGAAAUCAUAUGAAGAACUGAAAUGUGGGCGUCGUUCCAUUAAGGCAUCGGACGAAUCCUACAUCUGCCCUUAUUGCUCCAAGAAAAGAAAGAGAAAUUUUGCUUUCAGUGAUCUCUUGCAGCAUGCAAAUGGAGUGGGCAGUUGCAACUCAAACAAACGGACCCCAAGGGACAAGGCGAACCAUCUCGCACUGGCAAAGUACUUGCAAAAUGACGUCGCUGUUUCUGCCAGCCAAUCAAAAGCAAAAGAUGAGGUUGAAGCAGAUGCUUUAGCAGAUUGUGACCGUGACGAGAUGUUUGUUUGGCCGUGGAUUGGAAUUGUUGUGAACCUUCCAAAGCAAUUGAAGGAGGGGCGUUACGUUGGGGAGAGCGGUUCUAAACUGAGGGAUCAAUACAUAAGGAGAGGCUUCAAUCCGACAAGAGUGCGCCCCCUAUGGAAUUACCAGGGACAUUCUGGAACUGCCCUCGUUGAGUUUCACAAAGAUUGGUCAGGGUUCAGCAAUGCCAUGGCGUUUGACAAGGCUUAUGAGGCAUCUCAUCACGGGAAGAAGGACUGGCUAGCUGACAAUAAUGGAGAGAAAAAGUCUGAUCUUUAUGCAUGGGUAGCACGGGCAGAUGACUAUAAAGCAAACAACAUUGUUGGUGAAAACCUGAGGAAAAUUGGUGACCUUCGAACUGUUUCUGAUAUAAUGGAGGAAGAAGCUCGGAAGGCAAGCAAGCUUGUGUCUAAUUUGACAAAUGUUAUUGAAGAGAAAACCUUGCAUUUGAAGGAGAUGGAGAGCAAGUUUCAGGAGACGUCUGCGUCUCUCACCAUUUUGGUUAAAGAAAAAGAAAAGCUUGAUCAUGCUUAUAAUGAAGAGAUAAAAAAGAUCCAGGCAAAUGCACGGGAUCAUUUGCAGAGGAUAUUUAAUGACCACGAGAGGCAAUUGUUGCAACUGGAAACCCAAAAGAAACAGCUUGAAACCCGAGGUGCAGAACUAGAGAAACGUGAGGCUCGAAAUGAAAUUGAUAGGAAGAAACUCACGGAAGAGCGUGAACAGAAUGCUCUCCUAAACAGUUCAAUUUCUGCUGCAACGGAAGAGCAAAAGAGAGCUGAUGAAAAAAUGAUGAAAUUAGCUGAAGAACAGAAGAGGCAAAAAGAAGAGCUUCACAGAAAAAUAAUUACACUUGAGAAACAACUAGAUGCAAAACAGGCAGCUGAGCUGGAAAUUGAGCAACUGAGAGGAACACUAAAUGUGAUGAAACACAUGGGAGAUGAAGGUGAUGAGGAAGUUCUUCAGAAGGUGGAUGAACUGAUUAAGAGUAUAAGAGAAAAGGAAGAAGAGCUUGAAGCUGUGGAAGCACUAAACCAAACUCUAAUUGUUAAGGAACGGAAGAGCAAUGAUGAGCUACAAGAGGCUCGUAAAGAGCUGAUCAAUGGCUUGAAAGAUUAUCCAAGAACUUGUGCUAUUGGGGUGAAGCGGAUGGGGGAGCUUGAUUCCAGGCCAUUUCAAGAAGCAAUCCGAAGGAAGUAUUGUGAGGCAGAAGCUGACGAUAGGGCUACUGAGCUCUGUUCAUUAUGGGAGGAGUACCUAAGAGAUCCCGGAUGGCAUCCCAUCAAAGUUGUAUCUGUUGAUGGUCAAGAGAAUAAACACGAGGCUCUAAUAAAUGAAGAAGAUGAAAAACUGAAAGACCUGAAGAAGAACUAUGGGGAGGAAGUAUGCAAGGCUGUAACAGAUGCAUGGCUCGAGGUAAACGAACACAACCCGAGCGGGAGGUACAUAGUAACUGAGCUUUGGAACUAUGUACAAGGUAGGAAAGCUAACCUGAGGGAAGGCAUUGAAGUGCUUCUUUCUCUUUGGAAAAAGAAGAGAGCAACCGAGGGAUUUUGAAUAUGACUGUAUAUCUUAAUCUAGCCAGUUGGAAAGCUCUCUCAUGUGUAAGACUUGCUUAUAUAAUAUAUCUAUUUACAUUAAUAUAUAUAUCUCGGAGGAUCUAAGUCUAGUUAGGCUACCAUCUUCCAAGGCUCGAUGGAUGAAUAAGAUAUUUGCAAAAUUGAUAGAUGUUUUUUUACCUGUUUGUUGUAAUCUCGUGCCAUUAAUUAUAGAUUUAUAGUCAUC